AUGACACCUCAACCAUAUUUGAAUAGCGAGACCGAUUCGUUUGCGAACGAUUCCUUGCUCAGACGAUGGCCCUCCAUUGUUAAUUCCUUGCUUGAAGCCUUUGAGAACGCAAAGUCGAGCGCCUCUAGUCCGGAAGCCGUCAAAGAAGCCGAGACGAUCGUUGGUCAGAUCAAGGGGCUUCUGAAGGAGCUCGAAAUUGCUGGCGAAAUCAAGCCUAUUCCCGAAGGAACAGACAAGGAUAUCGCUGUGUACAAUGAAUACCUCAAACGGUCGCCUGGAUUGACCUGGAAACAGGCCCCCUGGCUGUUCUCCGAAUGUCACAUGUAUCGUACGUUGCAGACCUAUUUCGAGUCUACGAGGCACUGGAAACACUACGAUAUGUUUGCAUCAGCUAAAGACGAGACUUUUUACAAGUCAGCAGACGCUGUCGGCACCUUGGCUGAACGUUACCUGCAAUUGAGCUCUGAGCUAGCCGAAAAGCCGGUCGAUACCGAGGCAUUGCGCAUCCUUUUUGACGAAUUUAUGAAAUCUUCCCUGUGGGGAAACGCUACAGACUUGUCAUUACUUGUGACCAUUAGUCUCGACGAUAUCAAGGCCCUGCAGGUUGCCGCUCACCACCGGGAGGGCGAUACGUUGUUGGUAAACGAUCAGGCCCAAGUUUGGAAACGAAUGACGUCGGCCUCUGGUGGCCGGGUCGACAUUGUGCUCGACAACGCGGGUUUCGAGUUCUAUACCGAUCUCAUAUUUGCUCUUUUCAUGCUCGAUACUGGACUGGCUGAGCAAAUCGUUUUCCACCCCAAGUCUAUUCCGUGGUUUGUUUCGGAUGUCACACUGCGUGAUUGGCAGCAAUUCGUUCCUCUCCUUUUGAACGGCAAGUUGUUCCCUUCGAAUCGCAAGGCAAUUGAGGCCGUAGUCGCCCGAGUCGCCCAUUACGAGGGCCAGAUUGUUUUCCGGCCAUCGACCUUCUGGACCUCCUACUGUUCCUUCUCGGAGAUCAACUCAAACGGCGCCAAUGGCGGAGCCCAGGUUUGGUCCGAUCUGAGGUCUUCCAAGCUUGUCUUCUUCAAGGGUGAUCUGAACUAUCGCAAACUGACGGGCGACUACCGCUGGCCCAGAGAAACUCCUUUUGUUGAAGCGCUUGGCGAUCUCGAUUACAACAACAUCAACCUCGUGACACUUCGCACAAUUAAAUCGGACGUGUGUGUGGGACUGCCGCCAAACAAGGAGCAGGAACUCAAAAAACUAUGGGCAGAAAAGCGCCCCGACCAGAAUUCUAAUGGCUGGAGUUGGAGCGGAAAAUACGCAGUUAUUUCAUAUGCCGGAAAAUAG